AUGCUGCCCAUGAAAGAAGACACGCGGGGAGAGGACAUUUUUCAGUCUUGUAAAGACUUCAUUGACGAAACCCAGCUCCCAGUGUGCAAACUGAUAUCAGUCACCACGGACGUGUGUGUUUGCUUUUUGACUUUUUCACCAGUUCUGUCUGUGGAGCCGAAUUCACCUCAAAUAUUCAGAGGAGAGACGGUUACACUCACAUGUAGGAUUUCAGGAGGAAAUGGACCGUACUACUGGUACAAAGAUCGUGUUUAUAGUCACAGAUCUGCUGAAAAUUACUACACUAUAAAAGUAGAUCAGAGUCACAGAUACAGAUGUUACGGGUCUAUUGCUGGAUGGUCAACGGCAUGGAGUAAUGAAGUGACUCUCUCAGUGAUAGAGAGACCAAAAGCCGUUCUGACUCUGCAGCCUGAUGGACAGAUAUUCAGUGGACAGGAAGUCACUUUCACAUGUGAAAUACGAGGACAUGCUGACACUGAGUGGAUGUACAACUGGAAUAAAGAUGGUGUCCAAAUAUCCUCCUACACUGAGAGCAGGAAAUAUUCAUUCACUGCUGUAGAGUCUCUCAGCGCUAAAUACACCUGCAGCGGACGGAGAAGAAGCGACUCUCGGACCUCAGAGACCAGCAACACUGUUACACUCACUGUGUCAGAAAAACCCAAACCGACUGUGAGAGUGAAUCCUCAGAGCUCCGUCUACACUGGAGACAGAGUUACUCUGAACUGUAAUCUGCUGUCUAAUGGAUGGACUUUUCUCUGGUACAAAGAUCGAGUCCAAGUAGCUGAAGACACCAACACACUCCAUGAUACAGUCUCUAAUGCAGGAGAAACAGUGUAUCAGUGUAAAGCACGCAGAGGAAACUACGACUCAGAGCUCAGUGAUCCAGUUACACUUACAGUUAGAGCGCUCCCAAAACCUGUGGUGUCCAUAAAUCCUGAUGAACAGGUGUACAGAGGAGAGACUGUCACUCUCAGAUGUGACCUACAGGAUGAAGAGGACUCUGACUGGAUCUACAGCUGGAAUAAAGAUGGUUCUGGUGUCAGUAGUGAACAGGAGUACAGAAUCAGUAGUGCUGAAACAUCUCAUGCAGGUAAAUACACCUGUAGAGGAAGAGAGAGAGGAGGCUCACACUCCUCACACACCAGUGAUGCUGUUACACUGACUGUAUCAGGUUCAACAUACAAUACUGUUAUAGUAUUUGUGUCUGUGGGACUGAGUUUGGCCUUUCUGUUCAUCAUCCUUUUACUGAUCCUGCUUUGGUGGCACAAAUCCAACAAAGGAAAGGACAGAGACAUACAGCAGAACAGCAAUCAGACACCAGGCCAGAACCCGAGUCAGUCAGGAGCUGAGGAUUCUCAGUCAGGACACGCUCCACUUCAGACCGAUGAGCACAUUUAUGACACUGUGGAGAACGCAAGUAAAAGUGACUCUGCAGCUGAACUCAGUGGGGCCGUUUAUGCACAGGUCAUGAAGAAAAAGGAGUCACACAAGAAUAAAGAUGAUGAUGCUGGACCCAGUGAUGUGAUUUACACUGAGCUUGAAAUCAAGCCACAGAAAAAAGCAAAGAAAAAUCAGGUGAAGGCCAGUGUAGAGUAUGAAACUAUUUAUUCACAGCUGAAGCAGAACACAUAGGUGCUGGAGGAGUGAAUACACAACUGAACAGACGAGAGAGAAGAGAGAGAGAAGUUCAUCAUGUGUGCAGUGACAGUAAAAUCGGAGUGAGAUUGUUUUGUACAGGUUCUUUGCACUUAUUUGGUUUAAAAUGUGUGUGGGGGGGAUUAAGAACGUGUGUAUGGACAGCAUUAAGAUGUAUUUACAGGGUGUAUUUUAUUGAUUACUUGUGCCACUAUUAGGACUGGUUGUAAAGCAAAAGGAUUUAGUAGUAAUAGUAAGAGUAAUAAGUCAAUGUGACUGAACUUUUAUUCUUGAAAGUGUUUUUUCACUCAUGUGAGGGGCUUCAUCAUGUCAUCUGUGUGCAGUUCACACCACCAGAACUCUAAGUCGUUAUGAUCACAUACAGAGAUACACUGAUGUAUUUUCCACCACACGGUACAACCACAAUCACCAGCGUACAGUUAAAAAGAUUAUGUAUCAUUUCAUCAUAACAAACAUCACUUCAUGGUUUCAUUGUAUUAAGCAACACUUUAAAUAAAUGCGUGCAGAUAUCACAAACCACAACAAGAUGAAUAUCUAUCACAAGUCCUAAACUGUGUGCACCAAAUGUGUCUGUAAUGUCACACGUCUUCCAGAAACUAUCGUUUUAAUGUAUUUUUAUCGCACUGUAACAAGCCUAUUAGAAAAGUCAUGUGCAUAGAGUGUACAGUUUUAUCUCCAGCAAACGUUUGUACUCAUCUCCAUCCAUGUGGACAUAAGCAGUAUCAGUAUAUGUAAAGUUAGAGGUGCUCA